UCCACAGGUUUCAAGCUUCAAAGUUUAGCCUGUCAUGCAAGUUAUCUAAACAGCUAAGUUGAUAUUUACCUACACAAUAUUAACUUUGAAACAACUGUAUUUCUGUUGAUGAAUCUGAGUAUCUGCAUGGAGUCCAGUGAAUAUUUCGGUGAUGUUUGUUUCUUUUACGAGUUCCUUAUUUAACCAGCUAGCAGGACGCUAACUGUAACUAGCUAGCGGACGUGUGUUAGCUAGCUAGUCGCGUUGUCCUCGUCGCUGGCACUGUAUCCAGCUAUGUGUUUUUAACGUAGAACCACUUAAUCACUCCUCUGUUAGAAAUUGCUUGUUAAUUACCGUUAUCGUGAGUCAGCUGGCAUCUGUGGUGAGGACAUCGAUAGCCAUUGUUGUGACCGCUCUCGUCUGUGGAGGCUGCAGUCCGUUUGAUGCCUCCCAAGAAGUGAACCUCGAGGAAUGAGUAUGACAAGAGAAGCGAACACUGUUCAUAUAACCACGUUCAUUCAACCUUUCUGACGGAUUGAAACUAGAAUUUAUAAUCGAUCGAACUAGCUAAGGGGUUUGACAGCAAACGCUGUCAAAAAAGAAACGGGGUUGGUUGCGCGACAGUUAGUGUGACAUGUCCUUGCCGUCACCGGUGCAGAUCAAGGAGGCGAAUGCACACCUGGUCGCCGUACACAGGCGGGUUGCAGAGCUCGAGCAGCGGCUGGAGGCGGCGGAGAACACCGUACGGGAGCAAGCGGAGAGCCUUAUCCGAAAAGACGAGCAACUCCGAGCUGCUACGCAGUCAAUCACAGAGGCCAAGGAUAGGGAGAUUGCCUACCUGCAUGAGAAGCUGUGUAAAUCAGAGGAAACGAUUCAGAAGUUCCAGAACAUGGUGAAAGAAAAGGAUUCCUUGAUUGGGCAGUUGCGACACCGUUGCCAGUUAUUGGACAAUAUCUGCAAAAGCCGGCCAUUGCUGGACAGCAUGCUGUCACACAUGGCUGAGGCAGAGCGACUGGGUCCGGUUGUUGGUACGACAGAAUCCAUCAGUUUAUCACUCACUGAUGGGGAGUCAAACUGCAGUCCCAGCCGUAUCGGCAACCACAAGGACUUCUCCCUCAGUGAGGACGACAUGGAUGACCAAGAGCUGGAUGACAUCGUUUUUGGAACUACUGUAUGACAGUGUCAGAACCACAUGUGGAUAUUGAGGGGUAGUUUUGGCAACGGUUUCUCGGUGAUGCUUGACAACACUAAAGCGGAUGCUGAAAUGAAAACAUAAGUGUUCCUGUGUAUCUCAUUCCUGGAUUUUUUAUGUACCCAUCAGCUCUGUAUUGAUUUAUUUGAAUAGCAAUUGAAUUCUAGUACAAUCCCAGCAUUGUAAAAGGAGUGAGUUGUAUGCACACAUAACAAAAUAUGAAUGAUCUAGCGCACUGGGGCAUAUGGAACCAAACUGAGAUCCGUGUAGUUGAAACUUUGAACAUAUCUCUGUUCCUCACGUUGAACAUAUUGUAUUUUUUUAGAGGUGAUUUUACAGAUACAUCCGCUAUGCUUCUGGGGGAAAAAUAUUAUGAUUCCUGUAACGGUGUCUGUGGAUAAUCAGUUUCAAACAGAUUUCAUGUACCAAAUCAAACCAUGUAGUAUACAGUAUAUAUCCAUAAACACACUCACAGAUUAUGUUUACUUGGUGCUAUGUCGCCAUAAAUUCUGGGAGCUGGCAAAAUCUGAACAUGAAGUUACAGACAUUGCAGUAAGAAUGGUUUAAAUGUCUGUAAACUCCUAGAUUAUAUAUAGCCCUGAUUAAACUGAAAUUCAGUUUCAGUUUAUU